GUAAUAUUUAUGCAAUGAAGGAGGUGCAGAACCGGUAUGACGUGGGUCUCUGUGUUGUGUCGUCAUCGGCGGAGACGCGCAGCGCGGCCCCGUGAGAGCGCGCGCUCCGUGAUGGAUCAGAUCAGCGCAGCGGGCGUCGCUUAUAAUCAGGAUUUAACACACAAGACCAUCCUGGUGGGAGACAGUGGAGUGGGAAAGACGUCUCUGCUGGUUCAGUUCGAUCAAGGCAAGUUUAUCCCUGGAUCGUUUUCUGCGACGGUGGGGAUCGGAUUCACGAAUAAAGUCCUCGCAGUGGAUGAGCAGAAGGUGAGAUUACAGAUCUGGGAUACGGCGGGACAGGAGAGGUUUCGGAGCGUCACACACGCGUACUACAGAGACGCUCAGGCACUUCUCCUGCUCUAUGACAUCACCAGCAGAUCCUCCUUCGACAACACACGGGCGUGGCUUACUGAGAUCCAUGAAUAUGCUCAGGAUGAUGUGGUCAUCAUGUUGCUUGGCAACAAGUCAGACAUGGCCAGCGCUCGAGCCAUCAGACGAGAGGAGGGAGAGAAACUGGCCAGAGAGUAUGGAGUCAUUUUCCUGGAGACCAGUGCCAAAACCGGACUCAACGUGGACGAGGCCUUUGUGACGGUGGCAAAAGAGCUGGUGAGAUGCUCGGUCCAGCUGCCCAUCGAGCCCAGGUUUGACCUUCAGGACGUGAUGGAGCCGGAGAAAGAGUCUUCCAGCUGCUGCGGCUUCAGCUAGAAACUAGAAGACCAGAAACACUCCUGUCUCCACCAGCAGAUGGAGCUGUGUGCACCUCAUGUUCAGGGAUGACUUGUUUUGUUUUUGUUCAGGGACAAAUAUUCUUGGACAAACCUCAUCUAAGUCCUCAUCUUGCCCACUGAUUUAUAUUCAUCUUUUUAUAGAUCAGUGCCAGUGAUGUUUGAAGCACUGCACUGAAGCUUGACUGAUUUUUUUGAGUAGCAUGCAGACGGUAUUCAAAAAGUAGGUGAUUUAGGGGUAAAACAUGCACUGGUGGAAGAUCUACUAUGAUAUAAUGAAUUAUUUGUGAUUUUAUACGCUGCUUGUAAUUUGUUCCAGAACACAGCUACUUUUAAAUGACUCUGAAGGAAGGUUUUUUGCGGCAGAAAGCUGUUGUUUUGACAUCUACCAGUUGCUGGAGUUGACCAGCCUAACCUUUCCCAGUGGUUAUAUGUUACACAAUAAAUGUCAUAUAUAUUAAAUAGAUUAAUGUCACUAGAGUGCUUAAUUUGCAUUUUGUUGGUGUGUGUAUGCUGCGUUUGAAUCUCAGGAUCUGGGAAUAUUAUGCACCGACAGACGCUUUGAAAAUAUUGCAAAUCUCUAUGAAGAAAAUAUGCAUUUAUCUGCUAAGCUGAUCAGAAUGACUAUUUGCAUUGAAUUUAUAAAUAUAGUUUGGAAAUGCAUAUUGAGAGAGUAUGUAUAUCUAUGCCUGUUUGUGUUUAUAUCAGACUUUAUUAUCACAAAAACUGAUUUGUAUUGCAUCUGUUUUGCUGAAAUCAGAACAGAUGUCUUUGUGUCAGCUGUCCUCAGGACUUCUCCUGUGUUUUGACUGUAAAAUGCUUUAUAAAAGAUCUGUUGUGUAAAUCCUGAAGUAUCUGUUUCUCAUGGACGUGUGUUUUGUUAUUA